AUGGCGUUGGAGGUGGAAGCGCCGAGCGAUCGUAAGCGGGUGAAGGUUUAUGAACUGAAAGAUAACGACUGGUUCGAUCGUGGUACGGGUUUCUGCACAGGACAGAUUCUUGAUGAUGAGCCGCGAAUAUUUGUCGAAUCUGAAGAUGAGCCCGACCGGGUGUUGUUGGAGACAAAAAUCUCCAAGGAUGAUGGCUACCAGAAGCAACAAGAGACGUUAAUCGUAUGGACCGAGCCCAAUGGGACAGACAUGGCAUUGAGUUUUCAGGAGGCGGAGGGUUGCGCAGUUAUCUGGGAUUUUGUUAGGGCUGUGCAGCAACACCUGGUCAGUCUGGCAGCGGCAGAUGAUGCAUUGUCGGACGACCUCGAGAGCUUCCAGUCAAUCAUGUUACCACCGCCGGAGCUUGGAAACCUCCACGAGAUCGACCAUAUCAUGAGGGCGGCCAGUAUUACCCAAGCCGGCCGGGACGCAUUGUCCAAAUUCGUUAUUCGAGACGAGUAUAUUCCUAAACUCAUCCCGCUGGUUACCGUCGCAGAGGAUCUCGAAAGUCACGUCGACUUGCAUCGUCUGUGCAAUAUCAUGAAGUCCCUUAUACUUCUCAAUGACAAUACCAUCAUUGAGACCGUUGUCACAGACCCAAUCAUUCUGGGAGUCGUUGGGGCAUUGGAAUAUGACCCCGAAUUUCCUACCCAUAAAGCCAAUCAUCGUCAGUAUCUCGCGGACCAGUCGCGUUAUAAGGAGGUGGUCCCCAUUAAAGAUGUACUGAUCCGUCGAAAAAUUCGUUAUACCUGGCGCUUGCAAUACUUGAAGGACGUAGUUCUCGCUCGGAUUUUGGAUGAUCCAACGUUUUCCGUUCUCAAUUCCCUCAUUUUUUACAAUCAGGUUGAGAUUGUGAAUCAUAUUCAAUCGAAUGCUGCAUUCCUGAAGGAUCUUUUCUUGGUCUUCGAUCCGAGAAAUUCGGACGCAAAACGCAAGGAGGAUGCGGUGCAAUUCCUCCAUCAAUGCGCUGCUAUUGCGAAGAACCUACAGGCUCCCGCGCGCGCCAAUCUAUUUGCUAAUUUUAUCAGCCACGGCCUUUUUGCGGUAAUAGCCUUUGCCAUCAAACACCCUAACCCGGCCUUGCGUACAACAGGGAUCGACAUUCUGGUCGCUCUUCUUGACCAUGACCCCAUUAUGAUGCGGGGCUAUAUGCUCAAAGCAGUGAAUGAGAAGAAAACGCCACUGACGGACACGCUUAUUGAUUUGCUUCACACUGAAUCCGAUCUCGGGAUUCCUCUGCAGGAUACGAUGGGCCGGGCUGGACCCGAGCACUUUUCGAAACUGCGCCCUGGCAUCCUUUCCGAUGCAUUUGUCCAGAACCACUUUGACGAAUCCGCCAGAAGGCUCUUCCAGCCACUUAGGCGAUUGGAAAAUCGUGCCACUUUGAAUGACAUGAGCUUUCAAGAAGUAGCACUUCAUUCGCAUCUAGUUGAUAUUCUUACAUUUUUCGUACGACAACACCUAUACAGGAGUCGUAAUGUCAUCCAUAAGGAGGGUCUUGCUCCUCGAGUUGCACAGUUACUCGAAGUGCCCCAGAAACACCUCAAAUUAACUGCUUUGAAAUUCUUCCGUACCUUGAUCAGCCUCCAAGAUACCUUUUACCAAGCGCUUAUGACGCAUAAUAACACAUUCGGUUUAAUCCUUGAUAUUGUCUACGAAACAAUGCCACGGGACAACCUUCUCAACUCAGCCUGCCUCGAGCUCUUCGAAUUCAUCAAACGGGAAAACAUCAAGCCUAUUGUGCUGCACGUCGUGGAGAAGUAUGGCGAGAAGCUUAAAAAUAUAACUUACGUCGACACGUUCCGCGAUUUGGACGAUGGAACUUCAAGCCGCCAAAUCCAGGUCAACGGCCAACGCUGGCAGGGUGUCAAAGAGAUGGACGCGGCGGAGGAAGAGUAUUUUAACACGUCAGACGAUGAAGAGGAGUGGCAACAGCAAGACAAUGUACCGGCUGCAACUGCAACGCCGCAUGCUCAAAAUGGCGCCGCUUCUCCAGCUGUUAAGCCUCUAGUUGACUAUCCCGACGAUGAGGAGGAAGAUGACGUCAUGGUUACCAAAGUGGAAGCUGAUUCGGGUCAACAACAGCAGCAGCAGCAAUGCGAGGCGCCUUCGCACCAAGGAUCUGUUGCCGACUCAAUCGAGGAAACUCCAUCAACUCCAUUGUCACCGGCGAUACAAACUCCCCCGGAACGAUUGUCAGAGAAACGCCGGCGUGAAGAGGAGGACGAUGAUGAGCUCGUUAAGCUUACCUCUGGGCCUAAACGGAGAGGUUCUACGUGCAGUGGUGCUGGAAGUGCUGGGAUUCUGCGGAAAAAGAGGAGCACGUCCAUCGGGUCGGUGUCUAGCACUGACAAAGGAACAGUGCAUGCUACCCUGGGAAAUCUGUCCAGCAGUACAGCACCCAAGAGGAUAGCUAUCAAUCUCAGCUCUGCUAUUGUCAAAUCGUCUUCACCGGCCCCUGAUCUUUCGGAUUCCACGACGAACAACGAGAGCAGCAAAAAGGAGAAUCGUCACGAUGACCACAGUAAUAAUGGCUGA